AUGGAGAGGUCCAGCAAACACGUCUACUCGACGAAUAAACGCGCCUAUAAAUUGGAAGGAGAGACAGAGUCGUCUUAUGUCUCCAAACAGGGCGAUCGGUUGUUACGGAUGCAUGUAUGCGAUCCGACUUACGAAGGCUGCAAAAUGGUGGCCAACACCCGGGUCAUCUACCAGCAAGCAAUCAACAACGCAGUAAGCUCGUACUCCAAAAAAUACAUGGAUGCACACACGGCGACUCAUCAGUUUAUGAACGCGCCUGAGCCGGGGUUUGAACUGUCAUUUCCGCAUAUUGAGUGCUUUGGAGCAAGAGAUCCUGCAAUGCCAACCACGCCGUCGCACUACCCUGGAAAGCCGCAAGGGGGUGUCUAUACCCCAAUGGAGUACCGCACACCAUCCCAUCACGAUGAUCCACGUUUUACAUACGGUAACCUGCAGAAUAGCAGGCAGCACACGGAAAUCACAGCGACGAGUAGCGCCCCUGCAUCGCCAGGGCAUGCGCUCAGCCGACGGACGUACGAAAAGGCGUCUAUUUCGGGAACCGCCCUGGUACCCAUUACCAAUUCGUCAGCUGCGUUAGCAAGGCGACCGAGCAUCGUGACGGAAGUAUGUCGCGAGAUCAAAAUCUCACUGCAGAGGGAGCGGCGGAACAGCACCUUCGACAACUGUAUACCCACGGAGAACCACAUGCAAGCGCCAUUGAGGCAACUAACAGCAGCUAAGCAGCCAAUAGAGGACUAUGUGGAAGCUAAACCAGUGGAGGUGGAAGUGGUCGACGAAGAGCCGGAUUACCCUCACCUGGCGCUGGACCUUAGUAUGCUCACGCAGACAAACCAGAAAAAGGAGCAACAGCCUAAACCUAAACCUGUGGAGCGACGACCUGCAGCUCAGCAAAAGGAGCCGCAGACGGAAGUCAAGCUCAUCAUGGGAAAGCCGCGACACCCGUACGCCGUGCAAUUCAACGAUCCCGUGGAGAAAGAGCUAGGAAGGUGGCACAAUUCACACAUGUCAACCAUAAAAUGGACGCGGAUCAAACGCGGUGUGUACACCGCGGACGACCAGGAAGUCACACUCGUCAAGCUCAACGGCGGACUCUACGUGAAAGGCACCAACAAUAAAAAGAAACAGGAGCACAUACCAAUUGAUAAAUUCGCACAGCGGUUGCAGAAGGCGGGCAAUGCCUGA